GACAUCGGACAGGACUCAUGCUAAGAGACUAUAUAGAUGAUUGCCUCACUCGUGUGCUCGCGUUGCAGCUUGUGACACCUCGAAACUAUCGAAAUCACACUGGAGAAUAGCUUUAGCAAGCUGAACGUUCAUUCAGCAGGGUGGUAGUAAAUGUAUAAGUAAGAACAGUGUCAAUGGUCGGGCCUAUCCAGUCAUCGGCAUGGAGUACCAGUAAAGAGUACGCUCCACAGCAAAAGCAAGCACAUCUUGGAAGCGUAUUGGAAUUUUGUAAGAGCUCGCUGGAUUUCCUGUACGGUUCCUGUACAUUCCAGAUUCGGGAGAGUGUUUGCUAAAUUUAUUGCUACAAGAUAAGAAAAACUAUAUGGACAUAAAGCGCAGAGGUUCAGUAUGAUGUGAAUCUGUGUGCGUGUUUGUUUGUGUUAGUGUGUCUGUGUGUGCGCGUGCGUGCGUAUGUGUGUGCGUGUGUGCCUGUGUGUGCGUGCGUGCGUGCGUGCGUGCGCGCGCCCUAAUAGUUAACGGAUUGCGAAUUGCGUUGCAUUAGCGUAACAAACGAGUUUUUUUCUGAUAGCUUUCAAUGAAUGCAUUAGUUUUCGUUGGGAACCCAAUGACGCUGACCGGCAGAGUACCUCCCUUUGACACAUAGAACUAUUGUGUCACGCCCGAAGCUACAUAUAGAACCUGGCAGCCUAGACCACACGGAUAAAAGGCACUGGACGGAGUGCAUAACAAUCAGCUAUGCUAACAACGAUAACGGUUCGGAUCGCCAAUUAUUGCCAAGGUCGAUGAACAGAUCUGUGCGCUUGUCGAGUUCGUGUCCUGCAAAGCAUCAUCUUUCCAACAUCCUGGGCCUAUUGACAAGCAAAAGGAAGCGCGAGUCGUUUAGCUGAUUAGCUGUUCUUCUAGAACGGCUAUUUCAUAUCGGAAAUCCGUUGUUUGCCAUCGAGCGCUUUGAUUGUAGGCAAAAUGAAUGCCUUUUGUCACAAAUUGCUAACGAAGCUGCACAUCACGAAGCACACCACUCUGGUAGAGAGCUGCUCGGAGGAGUUUCUUCCGAUCGUGACGCCUAUAAACAAAAAAGAUCUUCAACGGCCUCAGCAACAACUAGAUAAUCAAUGUCGUCAAAUGCUCUUCAAAGAGACUUCGCCGCCCCGGGCGGAACCCACAUCCUGCGAGCGACAACCGACGCUGCCACAGUAUAAGUUCGAGUCGCUGCAGCGAUAUCAGCAGGCGACGACUGCUCGCAACGGAAACCAGCAUUGCGACAAUAGCACAGACGGCAAAGGGCACAACACGACAAGUUGUAACGGCGGUGCUACGGUGACGACAGCAGCGGCAACGAGCGCGACGACGAUCAACCCCAAUCGGCUGUCGGCAUCGAAGAAUCUACAGGAGUUUGACUUUACGCUAUAUGAUCUUAACGGGCACGGAAGGGUCACCAAGGAUGACAUUGCAGGUUUGGUACGUACCAUCUACGAGCGGAUCGGUUGCAAAAUCGACUUACCACGUGGGGGAGAGCGCCGUAUACGAGUGAAGCUUGAAAUCGUCGUAGACGACAGGCCAACGCUGAAUGCAAACGAACAAGAGGUCGCACACCAGGAAAUUUCCAGGACACGUCAUCGUUCGCCUAUUCGAGUUGCGUUCGAUGAGGAACAAUUGCUGUAUGAAACUAUAAAGCAGCAGUACCAGCAGCAGCAUCCGAUGACAGAUUUACGCAGUUCGCAGAAAUGCAACCAUCAGUCGCCGGGAAACGCUCACGCCCGCACAGCAAAAAAGGUGUUGACCUCGGAGGCGUUACGAGUUCGACAUUCCGUUCCGUUAUCGACUCCGUGCACAUUUGUACGCACCGGUGGCGCUAGUCAUCACCCCAAAGCCCAAACACCAUUUUAUUCAGCUGCUAAUAUUUCUUCGAUGACGGCCACUGCAUCCACACCUUUGGUGACCAGCCACUCUGUCUACACAACGGUAGCGACUCAGCCUUUCUGCGUAACGACGGCUGUAAACUGUACUGACACAGCGUCGACAGCAGCUGUCGUUGAGCACUCACAAGUCGGCUGCCAUAUAGGGGGGAACGUAUUGUCGAGUACGUCACCCCAUUCCCCACAUUCGCACAGUAAUGAGCAGCACCACUACGCUAGCUCGAAAAAGCAGCACCACUAUAGGCGGCGGCGUCAGCAUCACCUUGGCGGAGAACGAACGGAGCUAAACAACGUAGCAAAAUCACAAGAGAAGCCGGAUCGACCGCCGAGCCAUGGUGGACGACUGCGCGAAAAGCCUUUCGUACUCAAAAGUCCCUACGAUGAAGAGACGAUUCCAGUCUCGAAGAGUCGACAUCAUGGACAUCGUCACCAUCACCACCACCAUCAACAAUUGAUUCGACAUGUUCACCAUCAUUAUCAUCACGUUGCGUAGAUUAUAUAAUUAUAGAUGUAAAAAGUUAUUGUAGGAUUCUUUUUUUGCCCGGUAAUCAUUGUACAAAUAGAUCGCUCCCCUGUAUAUAUCAUAAAACUGUACAAACCAUGAAUAUUUAUUGAAAUGUCACCAGUGGGCAACACUCGUACCCAUAUGAACGCGUGGACUGGAUUAACGCGGACAAAACAAAAAAGGCUCAAGGCCUGACUACGCUAAUGGUGACCUUCCUAGUCCGAGAUCGUUGUUGAUUGCUGGUGCGAAAAAAAAAAAAUAAAAGAUCUGCAUAUGAUACUGUUAGCUAUUUCAGUAAUGUUAGUUGCGCAGGUGAAACGGCAAGAACGCGAAAAGGAGACGCUAAUCUGGUUAGCAGAUAUUUUCAAAACAGGACGUUUCUAAACAAACCAGCGUCAGGAUGAAGCGACUGCCGCCCGUGUGAUUAUCAACAGUAGCAAAAUUACACAGUAUCCGUCUUUUUUUUUUAAUUUUUUUUUUAUUUUUACAAAUGAACACCGCAUUUGAUGUACUCAAUUACCCGUUGUCACCCCCAAACGCUGUUCUGCUGUAGCGUGCCCCAGCCUAAUACAUAGCGACUUCAAAUCUCCUUAGCCUAAACCCGAACUCGUUGCGAAUCACCUUGUUGCCCUAUUUCCAUUGUCGUAUUGCGGUUUACUCAUCGUAGUUUUCCCAUUACCCUCCUUCAGCAAAUCCACUAUACGGUUCGAGUUUUUUUCGUUACCCUACUACAUUGGCGUAUUUUUUUUUUUGGCAAUUUAUUUACAUUAGUCCGGUUAUAUAGUCACCUUGCUCUAAUGGUUAAUUUGGCCUAAUUUAGAUAUUCUACUACGAUCUGGUUUUGUAGCAGAUGUCUCAAUGCAUCACGCUGAUGAUGUCGUGAUCCUAUUGCAAUUAAGCCACCACUGUCUGAUCGCUGGUCCAUUGCCUAUUUUGGGCUAUCUAUCGUCAUAAGCUGGGAUUGAUCGUUAUUUUAUUUGUAAAAAAUACCGUUUGGGAUACCUGUAAAAACGCUCAGUUUUGGUACCGUUAUGAGCUGCUUAAAAUUAUUUACUCGGCUCAAUACGUAAACAUCUGAUGGACGUCAGGUCAUCACGAUGCUGCAUAGCAGAGAUUGAUUGGUCCCUUCCUAAACUGUAUCUAAAAAAUAGUAGUAGUAGUAUAAUAUAAUUAUUAGUUUAAUAAUUAAGUGGCAGGCAAGGCAUGAUUACAUUUGGCUUUUAAUUAUUUUUUUGUCAAACUACGUAAUUUUUUUUGUUUAUUAUAAUGUUGAUACUUUAUAUAUUGAUACACAUUUUAUUUUUAGAGAAAAGUUCCGUAAUACAGAGAUUUUUUUUGUACCAAAGUUACUAUAUGGCAGCGAAGAGUUUCUCGUCUUGAUGGCACUUAUAUCCAUGUAAAUAAACUCUACUUGCCUAAGAAUAGAUAAUAUAUGGGCGAUUCGUUAUUGUUUCAAUCAGAUGUAUACCUGAUGCAUCGUAAAAUCAAACUCUGUUUUAACUGACCCUCGCCUCUAAAGUUUUUUUUUUUUAAAUCUAAAUUUAUGUAAUGUUAAUUUUAUCUAUGUAUUUACGGCGCGUUCGUACAGUCUCGUCCGUUAACGGGCAGUGAAUAAUUCUGUAUCUCACGGUAUUUUCCUCAUUAUUUAACACGUGUAUAGUAAAUAGCAUUAGCGAUGCAAUGGUUCUCUCUCUCUCUCUCUCUCUCUCUCUCUCUCUCUCUCUCUCUCUCGCUCUCUCUCUCUGUAUAUAUGUCUAUGUAUAUCGCGAGAGAGAGAGAGAGAGAGAGAGAGAGAGAGAGUAAAAAGCUAGUUGCGGGCUCAUACUCAAGCCAUUAUUAUGAUUAUUUAUUAAUUUAUACAUAGUCAUGACACCAAUUCGGUUCUAAUUUACGUUGGGUGGCCUGCCAUAGGGCAUGUACUGUUAGAUUACCUCUAAAGCUGGCAGUAGCGGAAAACUCAUAAACAAACCCUAAAUCCAAACGCGUAUUCCACUUUAAUCUAAUCGGUGCACGCUCAAUAUUUGACACGGCGACAAAGUCAAACGUACCGUACAAUGGUUAUGUUGACACUUCAUCGUGAAGUGUCGAAUCAAUAGAAAUUGUAUGAUUUGAACGUUGGAUCUCCCCCUGCCCUGCGUCGUAGGGCACAGAUAGCGUCGAGGAGUGCCCACUGCCCAAUAAAAAGCAAAGAAAUUGUCUCUCAGCUUUCGCGAGAGUUAUUUGUUGUCCGUCUGAGUCUAUAUCGAUCCAUUAUACGAUGUUAAAACGUUUGGCGCACAAUUUGAAUGUUCAGCUAUUACGUUCUUGUCUGACAUAGAUCAACUCAAGCAAAUUUAUUGCCGUAACGUAUUAUAAACCUGUUUAUAGAUGUAAAAUCGUGUGAGGUAUUGUAUAGUAAUUUAUUCGAAAAUGGUAAAAUAGCAAGGGGUUGUUGGUUCAAGGACGAACAACACAGUUUAACUUAUGAAUUAAGCAAGAGAAUAAACAGAAGGUCGUAAUUUUUUUACUUUAUAUUGUCUAUCAAACAUUUAGAAGUGUGAGCAUUGUAAAAAAAAAAAUAGAUACACGAAACAGGGUCGACGAAGAUGGUACGAAAAAAUUGUCGACGAGGAAAUCGAAUUAUAAAUUAAGUAGGAAACUUAAUUAGUUUUUAAAUAAAGGGUUAUCUUUAUGCUCAUUGUAUCGGUUUAAAUUUCUUUUGCAUUAUUUCGCCGUAGACACAACCCAAAAGCCUGUUUCGUAUGAAAUAAAGGCUAACAGUCUCCUUUUUUGACUACGUUGAACACAACGACCUUUGGUACAAUGUCGUCGAUCAAGUUCACUGUUAAGCUACCAAGUCCCAUGGAAAUAAAUAAAUUCUAA